AUGCCUCUGCUUGAGGUUGAGGACUUCUAUGGACCUUUGGGGGCGGACCUUGUCAAACAAUUCAUCGAGGUCUAUCAGAAGGACUACCAGCUCUUCCACUUGAAGCCACCCAGCUGGGUGGAUCGACUCCUUCAGGGCCAGUGGCUGCCAAGGCCAUCGACCACCCAAGCAGCACCUUCGAUGGAUAAGAAGGGUCUCCUUCGGAUGGGGCAGACUUUGCAGCAGAACAAGGACGAUGUUCCACAUGCCCCACUUCAAGCACAGGGAAGGUCAUCGCACUGGGUGAAGCUGGGCACGGGUUGCUGUGAGAUUCGAGAUGGAAAGUUAUGGUCCAACUCCAUAGGUAGCCUUGCAGAGUGCAUUGACGUUUGCCAGCACUUUCCUUCUUGUGGAGUUGUGGAGUACUCAAGGAAGGCCAACUGGUGCGUGGUUUGGUCCGAAGUGCAGCUGUGCAAAAGACUCCUGGAGCCCGAACAGUGUCAGCAUGGCCAGAACGGCACGGACGUCUACAAGUACAGCUUGCAGGCUCCAAACCAGCAACCGGAAGACCACGAAGACCAUUCGAGCUUGACCCCUCAAUCUGUCACUGGUGCCACUUUGGUUCCCAGUCCUAACCCUGGAGAAACCGAAUGGUCAGCAGCACUGGAUCAGAUUUGGUCAGACGAGCAAUGUAAGAACUUGGGCUUCAUGCAGAGCGACUUCUCACAGUGCAAGGCCACUUGCACGAGACAUCCCUCUUGCACCGCCAUCAAUGUGCACGCUACCUCAGGCUGUGGGCUUCGAGCCUGCCCGCGACCGGUGCCCACACCAAGCAAAGUCCUACCAAUGUACAGAGGAUACUAUUUGCUGAAUAACUUGAAGGCCGCAGUUCCCACCACAGCCCCAAAAGCAGCGAUGGCUAAAAAAAAGCCAUCCACCAAGACGGGGGCCUUUCCGCACGACGAGUGCUUUUGGAACAACACUCAGUACUGGCCCCUGAUCCCAGAGCAAGGGCGAACCAGUGAAAACUCAGCGUAUUUGUGCCAAGCAAGAUGUGUCGUGGUGACCGGCUGCAUGCACUUCAACUUCUACCAAAAUGGCAAGUGCGAACUCGCCCCCCGAUCUGCUACCAGAUUGUCGCGGCGGCAAAAUUCUGUCCUAUCUGGCCCAGCACGCUGCGAGCCGAACGAGGAGCCAACAACUUCAACUGCUGGCCCUGAGCUGGUCUCUCCUGGCAUAGACACAACAGAGCUCAACAAGCAGAUUCAUGUGGGCAGAAUGCCCAGGAUGGGGCAGACUUUGCAGCAGAACAAGGACGAUGUUCCACAUGCCCCACUUCAAGCACAGGGAAGGUCAUCGCACUGGGUGAAGCUGGGCACGGGUUGCUGUGAGAUUCGAGAUGGAAAGUUAUGGUCCAACUCCAUAGGUAGCCUUGCAGAGUGCAUUGCCGUUUGCCAGCACUUUCCUUCUUGUGGAGUUGUGGAGUACUCAGAGAAGGCCAAGUGGUGCGUGGUUUGGUCCGAAGUGCAGCUGUGCAAAAGACUCCUGGAGCCCGAACAGUGUCAGCAUGGCCAGAACGGCACGGACGUCUACAAGUACAGUUUGCAGGCUCCAAACCAGCAACCGGAAGACCACGAAGACCAUUCGAGCUUGACCCCUCAAUCUGUCACUGGUGCCACUUUGGUUCCCAGUCCUAACCCUGGAGAAACCGAAUGGUCAGCAGCACUGGAUCAGAUUUGGUCAGACGAGCAAUGUAAGAACUUGGGCUUCAUGCAGAGCGACUUCUCACAGUGCAAGGCCACUUGCAGGAGACAUCCCUCUUGCACCGCCAUCAAUGUGCACGCUACCUCAGGCUGUGGGCUUCGAGCCUGCCCGCGACCGGUGCCCACACCAAGCAAAUUCCUACCAAUGUACAGAGGAUACUAUUUGCUGAAUAACUUGAAGGCCGUUCCCACCACAGCCCCAAAAACAGCGAUGGCUAACCCCAAGCCAUCCACCGAGACGGGGGCCUUUCCGCACGACGAGUGCUUUCGGAACAACGCUCAGUACUGGCCCCUGAUCCCAGGGCAAGGGCGAACCAGUGAAAACUCAGCGUAUUUGUGCCAAGCAAGAUGUGUCGUGGUGACCGGCUGCAUGCACUUCAACUUCCACCAAAAUGGCAAGUGCGAACUCGCCCCUGGAUCUGCUAGCAGAUUGUCGCGGCAGCAAAAUUCUGUCCUAUCUGGCCCAGCACGCUGCGAGCCGAACGAGGAGCCAACAACUUCAACUGCUGGCCCUGAGCUGGUCUCUCCUGGCAUAGACACAACAGAGCUCAACAAGCAGAUUCAUGUGGGCAUCAUGGAUGGUGUGGAGGUAGAUGUGACUGUGAACACCACUGGCUGCACAGGGCACAGGCCUGGUGUUGAUGGCUUCAUGUGCGGUGGAACGGGGCGACACAUCCACUGGUCCUUGCGCUGUGGGAGGUCUGACUUCACCAUUUGGACCAGUUUCAGCGUCAAGAAGAUCAGCUCAACUGGCUUGAGUUUCAUACUGUGGAGCGAUAGUAUGCCACACCACAUCGGCUUCGAUGGUCAUCAAAUGUCUCUCUCUUACGAAGGAGGUGCAUGGGGUGACUUUCAUGACUUGGGCUUGAGUCCGUUGAAAGCCAACGUUCAGUACGAGCUGCAACUCAAUCGGCAGGAGGGUGAACUCCAGGUUCUCUUGAAUGGCGUCCAAAUCAUGACGCCCUUGCUGAUCAAGGGCAACGUGGAAAUGGUUUCUUGGAGCCCGUCCAUGAACACCAUUCUGGUCCAAACCUUGUAUUGCUCAACACAGGCUUCAAAAAAAAGGGAGUAA